ACAGAAACUUAGAAAAAAUGGUGAAAGAUUCCAUAAACUAUGACUUUCCAGAACGUCUUGAAGAUGAUGUGAAAGAAAACUCUUUAGAAGAUAAGACCUUCUUAACUCAAGUUUCAGAAUCGAUUCACAUUCGAGAUGGUCAUUACUCGAUUGGACUUCCGUUUAAGGAUCCUUUGAUUCAGUUACCCAACAAUAUCAUGCAGGGAUUUCAGAGACUUGAGAGUCUGAAGAAGAAACUGAUAAGGGAUCCAAAGGUUAGAAAUGACUAUGUGACUUUUAUGAACAAACUGUUUGAGAAGGGAUAUGCGGAACCUGUUCCCCAGAGUCAGUUACAAAGAGAGGACGGCAGAGUAUGGUACCUCCCACACCAUGGAGUUUACAAUGAUAAAAAACCAGGGAAAAUCAGAGUUGUGUUCGACUGCUCUGCAGUUUAUAUGGGGAUUUCACUAAACAGCCAGUUACUCCAAGGACCCGACCUUACAAAUAGUUUACUUGGUGUACUUUUAAGAUUUCGUCAGGAGAAAGUUGCUAUUCAAGGAGAUAUUGAAGCAAUGUUUCACCAAGUAUCUAUCCCUGAACAAGAUCGAGACUGUCUAAGAUUUCUGUGGUGGAAGGACGGCAAUCUGGAUGCCAGCCCUGAACAAUACAGAAUGAAAGUUCACAUCUUUGGAGCCACUUCCUCUCCUACUUGCUGUAACUAUGCACUACAACAGACAGCUAAAGAAUAUGGUUCUGACUUUGACCCUACAGUUAUGACCACAGUACUCAGGAACAUGUAUGUAGAUGACUGUUUGUCUUCGGUUGACACAGAGAAGAAAGCAGCGUUACUCAUUGAAGAUCUGUCUACACUUUGUAGUAAAGGUGGCUUCCAUCUGACAAAAUGGAUAAGUAAUUCCAAACAAGUGUUAGAAUCUGUUCCAGAAGAAGAUCGAGCCAAAGAUGUGCAGAAAUGGAACCUCGAAUGUGAAAGUGAAACACUCGUAGAACGUGCACUAGGUGUGUACUGGCUUGUUAACAGUGACCGUUUAGGAUUCCUGAUAAACAUUAAAAAUCAGCCAAUGACCAGAAGAGGAAUUCUAUCUAUAGUGAGCUCAGUAUUUGAUCCUCUUGGUAUCGUAUCACAUUUUGUGAUGACAGCAAAGACACUUCUUCAAAAAAUGUGCAAAAAUUCAGUUGGAUGGGAUGAAGAGAUUACAGGAUGUCAACUAAAGGACUGGAAAAAUUGGCUGACACAAGCAAAGGAACUUGAAAAUGUGACACUUAAAAGAUGCUACAAACCACAGGACUUCGGGAAGAUGACAUGUCAGGAGUUGCACUGUUUUGCCGAUGCAAGUGAAGUUGGAAUUGGAGUUGUGAUAUAUCUACGACUUGUCAGUGAAACUGGAAAAAUCCACUGUUCCUUCGUUCUUGGGAAAUCGCGGGUGGCACCAUUAAAAACAGUGACAAUACCGAGACUUGAGUUGACGGCAUCAACCUUAGCAGUGAAAUUAUGCAAGAUAGUCACAAAACAGUUGGAUUACCAAAUUGAUCAAGUUUACUUCUGGACAGAUAGCAUGUCAGUUCUUCGUUAUAUAAAGAACACGAAAACUCGCUUUCACACAUUUGUCGCAAAUAGGCUUGCCAUUAUUCAUGCAGCAACCACAAUCAACCAGUGGCACUAUGUCACCUCGAAAUUAAAUCCAGCAGACUGUGCAUCAAGGGGAAUACCAGUAGUGAGUAGAUUUCUAGAUUCAGCAUCAUGGUUCAGCGGCCCUGAGUUUUUAUGGAAACCAGAUGUUUCAUGGCCAUCUACUGAAAUCGCUAGUGACUUGUUAGAAAUUGACAGUGCUGAAAUUAAGGAGAGUGUCAACACAGCAGUUGAGACAGAAACAGUGGAAGGAAUUGAAAGAUUACUCCGGCACUUCUCUUCAUGGAAGAAGCUGAAAACAGUGACUGGAUGGCUACUCUUAGCACGAGAAAACCUCAAAAUAAUAGCAGAGAGGAAAAGUGAACAGAGAUCAAGAAUGGUAUCAGAGGGAUUUACAGAAGAGAAAAUACAAGAAUUGGAAAUGAAGGAGAAGCAUGACAGAUUGAAAAAUGCUAAACAAACUGAAAGACCUUCAUUAAAUGCAGACAUUCUUGACAAAGCAGAAACAAACAUUUUGAAGUAUGUGCAGAUGAAGUAUUUUGCCCAAGAAUUUAAAGACUUGAAUUCAAGUGAAAAUGGAGUUGUGAAAAGGUCAUCAAAACUAGCCAAGUUAGACCCAAUUGUUCAUAAUGGAGUUCUACGUGUAGGCGGUAGACUUAAGAAACUGGAUACAACUCUAAACAGUAAACAUCAAAUAAUUAUUCCUAAAGAGUCUGUAUUAGCCAGAUUGAUAGCAGAGGAAGCACAUAAAUCUGUCGGACACUUGGGGAAAAAUUCAACGCUGGCACGUAUCCGUGAGAAAUAUUGGAUUCUUGGUGUGUCAUCAAUUGUGAAGUCAAUCAUUUCCAGAUGCGUUAUAUGCAGAAAAUAUCAGGCACCUGCUUUGAAACAGAAAAUGGCGGACCUUCCCAGCGAGAGACUAAAAGCUGAUGACCCCCCCUUUACUCGAGUGGGCAUGGAUUAUUUUGGUCCGUUUGAGCUUAAAAGAGGAAGAAGCAUAAUAAAACGAUACGGUGUCAUAUUUACUUGCCUAUCUUCUCGAGCUGUACAUUUAGAGGUUGCCUUUUCCUUGGAUACAGACUCCUGUAUUGACGCCAUUCGAAGGCUUAUUGCACGACGAGGAAAACCAACUUAUAUACUGUCUGAUAAUGGAACAAAUCUGGUAGGAGCAGAACGUGAGCUAAGAACAGCGCUGAAUUCCUGGAAUAUGAACAGAAUUUCUAGUCAAUUAUUACAGUCAGGAAUUGAAUGGAGCUUUAAUCCACCAGCUGCGUCUCACUUCGGAGGAGUAUGGGAACGCCUCAUUAGGAUAGUCAGGAAAAUCAUGUAUUCUGUUCUGCAUGAACAAACGAUUCAUUUGGAUGAUGAGGGACUGUUAACCUUGGUUUGUGAAAUUGAAGCCAUCAUGAAUGGACGUCCUCUUACAGAAGCUUCAGAUGACCCAAAUGACCUUUGUGCACUAACGCCAAAUCAUAUAUUACUCAUGCGAUCAGGAGAGAGUUUUCCCCCUGGAAUUUUCCAUGCAUCGGACAACUACGCAAAACGUCGAUGGAAACAGAUACAGUAUUUGGCUGAUGUGUUUUGGACGCGUUGGAUCAAAGAAUAUGUACCCCUUCUCCAACAGAGGCAGAAGUGGCUGAAGCAGGAAAGAAACUUACAAGAAGGUGAUUUAGUUCUCAUCGUGGAAAACACUCCAAGAAACACAUGGAAUCUUGGCAGAGUGCUAGAAGUGAUAAAGGACAAGUAUGAUGUUGUACGCGUUGCAAGGAUAAAGACAGUGUCUUCCAUUCUCACGCGACCAGUCACAAAGCUUUGUCUUCUUUUGGAAACAGAUUGUGAAAAAGAGAAAACAAAUCAGUGAACCUCCGUGCAGUUAAACGUAAAGUGAUUGAUCUCAUUUUAGAUGAUUGUUUUGUCCAUUUUUGAUUUAUUAAGAAAUAUGUUUUUGUAAAAACACAUUUAGGGGCCGGUGUAAUGGACAACCUGUAUAUUUUAUUUCGAAUUCCAAUUUAGUCCGUAACUUUCGAUUUCUGUAUAUUCCAAAUUUAUCCGAAUAAUACUUUACUAUGAUGUUUACCAAAAUUGCACGAGCGCCAUAUUCAGUGUAAAGUUGUGUUCUACAUGUUUUAACUGAAAGUUAUUGAAAGUACCAGACAUACAUCACGUCAAUCUAUGUCAGACACAUCGAAGGAUUUCUAUGUGAAUAUAAAUAAAGGACAUCGAAUUGAACCUGUACUGUCUUUGGUACU